AAAUUGAAACCCAGAUUGUCACGGUAAUAUUGUAUCUUUUAGUCAUUAUAAAUCGCCCAGGCAAACCAAGGCACUGUAGUAAUAAACGGCAUCCCAGUGUAAAGGAAUAUGUAAUAAGCCAUAAAUCGGGGGUUGUGACGGAACCCAUCCCAGUGUGCUAGAUUGAUAAAGCACUCACAGACACUUUACCUGUAAGACUCGGAGUGGAGUGUGUUGGUGACACUCAACACGGAGACAGGGACAGACACAGAGAUUUACUUGCUGAAGUCCGCUGGAUAUUUGCACUUGUAGGAAUACUUGAUGGCUGCAUUUUUGGUGGUGACUAAAGCAUCUGUCAUUUGGAAUGAGUUUUAUAUCAAGACAGUGACGAUUCCCAAGGGUCAGAAGAAGAAAGUAACAUGUCGAGGCUGUCGCAAACCAUGCUCUGGUGAAGUGCUGCGAGUACAAAAUGAGUAUUUUCACCUCAAGUGUUUCCGUUGUUGUUUGUGCACAAGUUCCCUGUCUCAAGGUGGAUUCUUCACUAAGGAUGGCAAGUUCUACUGUGCCAGUGAUUACCAAGAUCAGUUUGGUACCAAGUGUAAAGCUUGUGGUGAAUAUCUGGAAGGGGAAGUAGUCACCGCACUAGGAGACACCUACCAUAAAUUCUGCUUUGUCUGUGCCAGAUGCGGGCAUGCCUUCGAUAGCGGUGAUGAAGUUUCACUUGACAAGAAACUAGGCUGCUGUUUUUGUCUUCACUGUCAUCUUCAGUGCAACCUCUGUAGACAUACUAUAACACCUGGUGAGAAGGUAACCUAUAAUGGCAAUGAAGUGCUCUGCUCAAGAUGUACCCCAGCUGCACUGGAAGCCUCAGCCAAUGGUGUCGUGCCAAACAAAGACAGAAAGAGCUCCAAAUCCAAUAAGACUUCCAAUGCUAAGCCUAAGCAGGCAGUCACCGCUACUAUCCGUUGUGCUCAAUGCAGUAAGGAGAUACUGAAUGGGCAAGCCUUGAUUGCGCUGGAUAAGCACUGGCAUGUAAGCUGCUUCCAGUGUACUGUUUGUAGUAAAGUUCUCACUGGUGAAUACAUGGGCAAGGAAGGAAAGCCUUAUUGUGAAAAGCACUAUCAGCAGAAUUAUGGAGUGCAGUGUUACCAUUGUGAACAGUUUAUCACUGGGAGAGUUUUAGAGGCUGGGGAUAAGAGGUACCAUCCAACCUGCGCCAGAUGUGGUCGAUGUGGAAGCCACUUCAUUGAGGGAGAGGAUAUGUACAUCCAAGGUACUGAAAUAUGGCACCCUGAUUGUAGUAAGCACCUCAAGAUUUUAGACUUGUCGCCGCUGAAGUUGAAGGAGAAUGCCAUGCUUUAUGAUUACAAUCGUAACAGAUUGAUGUCACCAAGAGCUCGGUCUCUCUCCCCAAGCAGUAGCCGAUUUCAUUCACCUUCCCUCACCCCAACACGUUCAUCCAAUAGUCUCAGCCCUCAAAGUCCAGACUUUGCUCAGAGCUACCUAUCACCAGAUGCUAUAGACACUAAUAAACUCUACCCAAGAAUAUUACCUAAUGCUGCUGAGCCACCAACAAGCCCCAACUUCCACACGCCAGACUAUGUCAACAAGGGAGAGGAAUCUAACUACAAAGAUCAGCCCAGAGUAACACCUCAGCAAGUCAAGAAAUGGUCCCAUGGACGCUUUGGUAGACCCCGGCCUAAGAGUGCAUUUGAAAGUCUGAUGCCCAAGCCUAAGCCAGUCAAGGAUGAGGAACUAUCUAUCGAUCUCAUCAAGGAAUCCAAGUUUCCUGCCGCUAAGAAACCUCCUCCAAAUGAAUUACCCAAGGUAGAGAGAGAUGACUGGCCUGGACCUCCAUUCCCUCCUAUCAUCAAACGCUGGUGGAGCAAAUCACUGGGGGAUCUGGACCUUGAUGUGCAGGAGAAAGAGGAGGAAAUUGCAAUUAAAGAAGAAGUUGAGAAGAUGCCAUCUGCUCUUGGUAAGGAGAUCUUGCAGGCUGAAUUGAGCAAGACCAAGACAGAUAACCUAGACCCAAGGAGUGCAUCCAGGACACCAUCAGCCAAGAAGGAACCGCCUAUCCAUACUAGAUAUGCAUCAUCAGCUAAUGCAGCACCACUUCGCUUACGAGAGCGAAGAAGACAUUCGCCUGCAGACUUGUUCAGAGUUGGAGGAGAAAGGAGUGCUACUUUGCCAGCAAAUAUGCGCAAUAUGAGUUUGAGUGAAGCGUACAGAAAAGCUAGCUCACUGCCACCAAGUUCAAGAAGUGGCCCUCCCUGUUGGUUCAAUGACGGUUUAUCUGAUGGUUACCAGAGUCCAGGAGGCUACCUGAGUCCUCCUGGGUAUCUGAGUCCCGUCAGUGGGGGAUAUCAGAGCCCUAAUGGCUACGCAAGUGAUGUAGACUUCUCACGGAUGGGAUCGUCGGAAGAUGAACUACGCAUGAUGAGGAUCACAAGAGGUCGGUCUCUGCCAAGUGUCGUUCAGCAAAAGAUGAAAAACUCAAAGGAAAAGAUAACGCCUGCCACAAAAGAGAAAGGCAAAUCUAUGUCCAACAUACCUGUGAAACCAAUGAGAGAGAUGUAUCCCCUGGGCACAUUAGUAACCACUAACUACAGGUUACCUAAGGAUGUGGACAGAAAUAAUCUGGAGCUUCAUCUCUCUGCUGAGGACUUUUUCCGAGCAUUUCAGAUGCCUUAUGAAGAUUACUUUAUGCUACCAAGAUGGCGCCAAGUGGAACUCAAGAAACGGUCACUGCUUUUUUGACACCAUCUCAGUAUGUUUGUAAACCGGUAUGCUGCCACAUGUUUGCCUUUUGUCUACAAGGAUUUGAUGUAACUUAGGUGAGGAUAACAGUAGGAGCCUCCAUACCAUGCUAUUGCUGACCCAUGCAAUAGUUACCAGCUACACUGACAAUGAGGCCACCAUCUUCACAACCACACAUCUUCCCAAAAGAGAUUUCUACAUGGUGUUACCGCAAACCUUCACUAGACCUGAAAUUGCACUUCAAAAGGUAGACUUUAGAAGAUGUAUGUUACGUAGAUUCCAAUCUCAUAUGCAACAACAUGCCUCAUUAUCCCUAACCGCCCUGAAUCCUUCAAAAAUCCUCUUUGCCAAAGUGGAGAGAUUUGGAGGAUUGAGGUAACAUAGCAAAAGUGCGUUACUGAUUUCGUAGGAUGCAC